AUGGAAUAUCUUAUUUACGUAGAUUUAAGUACACCGCCAAAUACACCGGCGACGGCUACACCGGCCUUUAUCUCCACAGAAGGAACAACUCCUUUGACUUCAGUGGCCAUUGCCCCACCAACUCGGCCUCCCAUUUUAUCGCCUUCCAUAGAAAAAUGUAUCGAUAGCGACUGUCCCACAAAUGCUGAGUGUUCAAACAACAAAUGUACCUGUAAAACUGGAUUCAUUGACGUUAUGGGAACUUGUGAGAAAAAAUGUAUUGAUAGCGACUGUCCUACAAAUGCUGAGUGUUCAGACAACAAAUGUACCUGUAAAACCGACUUCGUCGAUGUUAUGGGAACUUGUGAAAGAAGGUGA